AUGCUGCCCCUCAGCCGCCGGCGGCCCCGCCGCUGGCAGCACCCGCUGCUCCUCCUGUCAGCGCUGCUCUGGGCGCCGGCGCUGGUGGCUUUCAACCUGGACGAAGAGAAGCUGACGGUGUACAGCGGGCCCCCGGGCAGCUACUUCGGGUACUCGGUGGACUUCUACAUCCCCGACCCCAGCACGGUCAGUGUCCUGGUGGGAGCUCCCAAAGCCAACACCACGCAGCCAGACAUCGUGGAAGGAGGAGCGGUGUAUUACUGCGCCUGGCCCGCAGCCCGGUGCAGGCAGAUCCCCUUCGACAACACCAACAACAGGAAAAUUAAAGUCAAUGGCACCAGGGAACCUAUUGAAUUUAAGACAAAUCAGUGGUUUGGGGCAACAGUCAAAGCUCAUAAAGAGAAAGUUGUGGCUUGUGCUCCUUUGUAUCAUUGGAGAACCCUUAAAGACAGCCCUGAGAAGGACCCUGUUGGCACCUGCUAUGUAGCAAUUCAGAACUUCAGUGCCUAUGCUGAAUAUUCACCUUGUCGUAACAGCAAUGCAGAUCCUGAAGGACAAGGCUUUUGUCAAGCAGGUUUCAGCUUAGAUUUUUACAAGAAUGGAGACCUGAUAGUAGGCGGGCCCGGUAGUUUUUAUUGGCAAGGUCAGGUAAUCACUGCAAGUAUUGCGGACAUCAUUGCAAAUUAUUCCUUCAAGGACAUUCUGAGAAAACUGGCACGAGAGAAGCAAACAGGAGUGGCACCACCCUCAUAUGAUGACAAUUACAUGGGUUACUCAGUGGCAGCUGGGGAAUUUACUGGGGAUUCUGAACAAGAGCUGGUUGCUGGAGUCCCAAGGGGAGCACAGAACUUUGGCUAUGUCUCAAUUAUUAAUUCUUCUGACUUGACCUUUAUCCAGAACUUCACUGGUGAGCAGAUGGCGUCCUAUUUUGGGUACACAGUUGCAGUAUCUGAUGUUAACAAUGAUGGUUUAGAUGAUAUCCUAGUCGGUGCCCCUCUUUUUAUGGAGCGAGAAUUUGAGAGCAAGCCUAAAGAAGUUGGGCAAGUUUAUCUGUACCUGCAAGAAAGUGCAUUUCUCUUCCAAGAUGCACAAAUUCUGACAGGCACUGAAGUGUUUGGUAGAUUUGGCAGUGCAAUCACACACCUUGGAGAUCUCAAUCAAGAUGGAUAUAAUGACAUUGCUAUUGGUGCACCAUUUGCAGGAGAAGACAGAAGAGGGAAAGUGCUCAUUUACAAUGGAUACAGUAAUGGGUUAAACCCUAACCCUUCCCAGGUUCUCAGUGGAGCCUGGGCCUCACAGUCCAUGCCUUCGGGAUUUGGCUUCACUCUAAGAGGAGACUCAGAUGUAGACAAGAAUGAUUACCCAGAUUUAAUUGUGGGUGCAUUUGGAGCUGGAAAAGCAGUUGUUUACAGAGCCAGACCUGUUGUGACAGUGAAUGCUCAUCUUAUUCUGAACCCCAUGAUUGUGAAUCCAGACAAUAAAACCUGUCAGCUCCCUGGCUCUCAGCUUUUGGUGGCCUGCUUUACUGUAAGAGUCUGCGCAGACUUUGAAGGUCAAAGUAUUUCAGAUGAGAUAGUGUUGAAAGGUGAAUUGCAAUUAGAUUCAUUGAAACAGAAAGGAGCUGUUAAGAGGACCCUGUUCUUUGAUUACCAUCAGUCACAUCACUACUUCUCCCUUGUGAUAGAAAAACAGAAACAACUCCAUUGCCAGGACUUCCUUGUUUAUCUCAGAGAUGAAACAGAAUUUAGAGAUAAAUUAUCUCCCAUCAAUAUAAACUUCAAUUAUAGUUUGGAUGAGUCCAGUUUUGAAGAUAGUUUGACUGUGAAGCCAAUACUGAACUAUUACCAGAAAAACUCACUAGCAGAGCAGGCUUACAUUCUGGUUGACUGUGGGGAGGACAACUUAUGUAUUCCUGACUUGCAACUUUCUGCAGUGCCGGAUACAGAUCAGCUAAUAAUUGGAGAAGAAAAUUGUGUCAUGCUCAUAAUAAAUCCAAGGAAUGAUGGGGAAGGAGCCUAUGAAGCUGAGCUACAUAUAAAGAUUCCGCCUGAGGCAGACUACACUGGGGUUGAACGCAACAACAAGGCACUGCGUGUGUUGAGCUGUGAUUACAAGAUGGAAAAUGAAACUAGAAUGGUGGUUUGUGAUCUUGGGAACCCCAUGGUGGCUGGCUCAAAUUUCUCUACAGGCAUUCGAUUUUCUGUUCAGCAUUUUGAAAAUUCAGAUUUCAGCAUCAAUUUUGAGCUGCAAAUAAAAAGUUCUAACAAGAUAAAUCCCACCAGCAACUUAGUAAACCUCCAUAUCAACAUCAGUGCUGUGGCUCAAGUACAGAUCAGAGGAGUGUCUCACCCCCCAACAAUUAUUUUGCCACUUCACAACUGGGAGCCCAAAGAUGAACCUACAAAAGAAGAAGAAGUUGGUCCUUUAGUAGAACACAUCUAUGAGCUGCACAAUAUAGGACCAAGUGCCAUCAACAAUACAAUUCUCCAUGUUGGUUGGCCUCUGUCCAGUAGAGAGGAAUUUCUUCUUUAUAUUCUUCACAUUCAGACACAUGGACCAUUGCAUUGUCAAACAAGCUCUCCUAUUAAUACAAUGCAAAUAAAGUUUACUGUUCCAGAAGACACUCCUGAACUUGCUGCUUUUUUAUAUAACUCCACAAUUUCUCAUUACAUCAGGAGAAGGGAUGUUGCAGUGGCAGAACCUCACAGGAAAAACUCUGCAAAAAUAUUGAACUGUACAAAUGUGAAGUGUGUCUUAAUUGCGUGCACUGUGGGACAGCUGGAAAGAGGAAAGAGUGCGGCACUAAAGAUCAGGUCCCGGCUCUGGGCACAAACAUUCCUGGAGAGAAAGAAUGAUCUCUACAGUCUUUCUUCCAAUGUUUCCUUUGAAGUUAAGAGCAUGCCAUAUAAAGUGCAACCAGCAAAGCUCCCUGAGGGAAGCAUAGCAAUCAGAACAUCUGUCAUUUGGUCCACCCCAAAUGUCUCCUUUGAGAUCCCUUUAUGGGUUAUAAUACUAGCCAUACUUCUUGGACUACUAGUACUAGCUCUGCUGACCCUAGCUUUAUGGAAGUGUGGCUUCUUUGACAGAGCUAGACCUCCUCAAGAUGACAUGACUGACAGGCAACAGCUGACAAAUAACAAGACUACUGAUGCAUAAAGGAAGAGAGUGACAGUUCAAGUCAGAAUCCUGCCUGAGAGACUAGAAACACGAUGAGGAUUAAAUGAAAGAUUCUUUCCAACCAGUCUUCCUUUGUACCUGCAAGUGACAUGGUGUCAAUCUGAUCUAUGCAAUGUUCUGAGAACAUGCCACAUGAUGGCCAUCCUUGCCAAAGAAAGUAAUUUAUCACUGCCUUAUAAACAUAUUUUCCACUGAACAGAAUGUUUAUCCCAUAUUCCAGUCAGUCUACGUUUCAGCAGAUGCUUCUGAGCACGUGUGGUAUACUGAGAUGCUUCCAGAACAAGCCCAAAUCUCUCAAGGAGAGAAUGCCUUCAUUGCUGUAUUGUCUAGAAGAUGAAGCAGGACAAACCUUCUGAAUGCUACUGUAUCAUGCAGAGUACCUUUGAAACCUCCCUAAGAACUUCUAUGAAAUUAUGGCUCAGGGAGACAGGUAAUAUAUCAGUACUGUGAAAGUACUUCUGAAACACAAAGGUAGUCUAUAAAUAACUUUAUAGAUGGGGCACAAUUAUUUAUUUUUUCACAUUUUUGGAAUAAGUAUCUGAUAUAAUCAUCAACAUAGAUUUUGAGAGAAGGAAAAAAUAAUAGAAAUCACGUACUUACUUUGCAUGUAAAUAAAAGAGUAAACACAUUGUACCCCAGAACAAAACCUCCUUGGCUACGAGGUGUUUUGCAAAGCAGAAGAUUUAUGGAACACUUUACAAGAUGAGACAUAUGAUAAACAAGUUGUAUCUCUUUCAGCCCAGAGCUGGCAGUAUCACACCCAGAUAACUAAAUCCAUGCACAGUAUAGAGCAGGGAUGAGUUACCCUGUCCUUGUUUUGCUGAUGGCUGGCAGCUGUACACUGACACAGGAUACAGACAUUUCUGAAACACUGUUUUAAAUAAUCACAGCCACACUGGUGAUACUGAAAAGGCUUGGUGGGUUUGGGGCUGGGGCAAAAUUUCAUGGCCUUUGCCCUGUUACUUUUUUGAAACCCCCUCUUAAAAUGGAACAGCUACUGCCAUAAUUUUUCACCUAAAGUAAUCUUUGCCUUUUUCAUUUUUCAAUCUACAAGCUGGCAGCAUCUUAAAAGUAAUGCUUUUGGCAAAGUUUAGGGCUUAAUAAUUUUUUUUUUAAGUCUUGCAGGAAAGGGUGACUGGAUUUCUAUUUAUGCAGAAAAAUAGGAUGCCAGCCAGCUAAGCGUGAACAAAAAGAAAGAAAGAGAUUUUGAGGUAAAAAGUAAAAAUAUACACUUAGUAUUUUUUUUUUUCUGGGUUUAGGAUUCCAAAGAAGGGAUGUUUCAUUCUUUCCUUCUAUCAGCAAAUGGUCUUUAUCUCAGAAGGGGCUCUAAGCCCUAAUCUGUACAAAUUUUUAUGUGAAAGCUUGAGUCUUUCAGUGCUGCCUGUGAGUGCAGAAUAUUGUGGAAAUUUCAUGAGGGAUUGUUCAUUUUAUGAAACAUACACACCACUUGCCUUCUCCUGAAUUCCUUUUCUUUCUAAUCCAUCUCAGCUUCUGAACUGGUAAAUGGCCUCAUCCAUUCUGCCACUUUUUGGCUCCUUUUAAACAACUGGCCUUCUGCUUUCUAAUACUACAAGAUAGGCAUAGUUACGAGACAUUGUCAGUUCUGCCAGUCUGACACGAGAUUUUACAGAUUUAUCAUUUCUUGUAUGCAGACUAACCUGGGAAAUCCAAGCAGGAGCUGUGUUACGGCUUCAUAUCUAAGACAAAUUUGCAAGAAGACCUUUAUGGAGUCUUUAACUUAUCAGAUACAGUGUGCUCACAAGAGUUACAGAGAGAAGGAGACAUGUGCCCCUGAAUGCACAUUGUGUGAAGCCCCUGUGUGCUUCACACAAGCAAGCACCUCUGUUUCCUAGGAAUGAGGUGCCCUGAUGACUUCCCAGUCCCCCAGAAAACCAUUAACAGACUCCUUUCCCCAGAUGGUUUUGAGCUGAUCCCUUGCAAAUUUGAGACAUCAGCUGAUAAAUACCAUCACAAAGCAAGCCUGUCCCAUAUUUGCACACCUGUAUCCCAUACAUUCCAGGCAAAAUCACCCUUCCAUGAAGAAAAAAAGUGAGCUUCCAGCUUUUGUAAAUAUUUAAUUGUUGUGUGUAGCAGCUUCAGAAAUAAUAUCAGCAGCUCAUUGUAAUCACAUCAUCUGCACAACUCUGAUGAAAUAGCACCAUAAGGAAAUACUGAACAUAGGACUUUUGUAUGUGCAAUACUUUAUAAUACUUAUAUACCUGAAGCAUGUUUACACUGGCAUUUGUGGUUGUUUUUUUAACUUUUGAAUAUACUGAUAACGAUUACAAUAAAGGAAAAAAGGAAUGGGGGGAAAAAAAGUAAAACAAACACCGUGAUGUUCAGUAUUUCUUGCAAUGUGUUUCAAUCCUACAUUGCUCUGAGGAUGGGACUAGGUGACCUAAUAUGUUCUUUGCAGUUGUAACUUCUACAGUUCACUUUUGAGAAAUUACUCUCCAUUUUAAUGAUGGGCAAAACAUGUUCAGAUACUAAAUUUAAACAAAAAAAGAACUUCAGUGACUGUUGGGCCUGGCUGGAAUCCAUUGGCUGCAGCUGUGUAAUGUCACUGGAAACCAAAUUAGAGGCACAUGAUCUGACAAACAGUUACUUUGAGCAAUACUUUGUUUUAUAUUUCUACAUCCUUGUAGAUUAAACUUCCCCCCUGGAAAUGUCUGGAGUUGUGUGUUGUCAAGGACUGUAGUCUAUUCCCAGCAUUUGUGGAUAGUUUUGGCUGCAAAUUGCAAACAGCUUUGUGAAGAUUUCUGGGUUUCAGUGCUUGCCAAGAGUGUUUAUUCCCUGGGUUAUUGCAUCCUGGAUGUGGACACUAGCAGGCAGUUGACAUAAUCUUUCCCCCCAGUGUAAUAGUACUGUGCUACAUGAUAACCUCUGCCACAUCCCUACAUGACUGACCUUUUGUUGCAGUGAUGUCAGCUUUGUAAUGAGUUACUAAAUGCAGCUUUCUGUAAAAGUAAUUCAGCCUUAUUCUUCCCAAUGUUUGUGGUGAGCUGCUAAUUGCAGAGAACAUGGGAGGAGUCCAGAGAGCAGGAAAAACAGAAGAUUAUUUUAAAAAUUAGUCUAUUAAAACUCUUUAUCACUAUGACCACCACAGCAGUCUAGUAAACAGAGAGACAUUCAUCUUUUAUUUCACAUGCUUCUUGCUGAAUUUGAGAAAGGCUGUCCAGUUAUUUUAUCCUUGCGGAAGACUGUAUCAUAUUUUCUGUUUCAUGAAAAUUUCAGAAUUUACAUACCAGGGAUGAGUAUAUUUGAAUAUGUUUUCCCUUACGGAUUUAAUCUUUAAAGAUAUUUAGCAAAUACUAUUUUAGUUUAAGCACAGGUUAUUUUUUUUCUUGUCACCAUUCUGUAACUCAUUUUGAGUUUUUCCUGUUUCUCACAGCUUUUAUAGGUUUCCCACAUUAGACAAAUCUUGAAAACAACACUGAUUUUCUCUAUGUUUUAGCUGUGAACUUUCCAUCCGUUAGCAUGAAGGAUCUUCUGGUAGGCAUACCUUAUAUUAACUAAACAGCCUUUUCGGAACCAACUAAACACCUAGAAAUAUGCAGGGGAAAGAAAGCCCCAGCCAGCCAUGGCCUAUGGUACUCCACUGCAGCAAGCCUUUUUAAUGAAAUACCAUCUGACACACUGCCUUUAGGAACUGUUUAUGAGUGAGUGUUUUAUUUAUGAUUGUUGGCAAAGAUCCAUAUUAAAAUGUAGCAUAAUGGCAGUGCCUCUUAACAAUAAAAAGUCUUGAAUUCAGCUCAUGCAGGCACCAUGAUGUGACACAGCAGGAAUGCUUUUAAUAUUGAAGGACUGUUCUUGUUUUGCCUGUGUGUUGUAUUGGAGAGGCACUUAGCUAUUCAAGAUGCUACCCUACUGUACACAGUGACUUUUAGAAAAGAAUAGAAGUAAUUGUUCAACUUGCUUUUCACAUGGUUUUGUUUGUUUUCAGCACGUUAUUCUACUUCACCAAUGCACUACAUUUCAUUUGGUUGUGUAUUGUUCUUUGUUCCAGUGAGGGAUUAUAAAGCAGACUUCAGGAACUCUUUCCAAAACUGGACUGUAUC